AUGGACGUGAUUGGAACUAUUGAAUCCCUAGCUUCAAAUGGGCAUCGAUUCAUCCCGGUAGCGAUCGAAAAUUUCACCAAAUGGGUUGAAGCGGCAUCUUACAAGAGCGUGAACAAAAAAGUAGUAUCCGAUUUUUUGAAAGACCACAUUAUCUGUCGUUUUAGGGUGCCAAAGACGCUGAUCACUGACAAUGCCAGAAACCUCAAUAAUGACAUGGUAGAUGGAUUAUGCGAACAAUUCAAAAUCAAACAUCGGAAUACGGCUAUCUAUAGGCUUCAGAUGAAUGGAGUAGUAGAGGCUGCAAACAAAAAUCUGAAAAAAAUCAUUCUCAAAAUGACAGAAAGGCAUCGAGAUUGGCAUGAGAAGAUGUCGUAUGCAUUAAUGACUUAUUGGACUGCAAUUAGAACUUUUAUUAGGGCAACGCCUUAUUCUAUCAUGUACGAUAUGGAAGCAGUAUUACCCGCAGAGGUUGAGAUCUCCCCUUUGCGCAUUUUAAUGGAAACUCAGUUGAAUAAAGCAGAAUGGACUAAACAACAACACGAGCAACUAUCCUUGAUUGAUGAAAAGCGAUUAAAUACCGUUUGCCAUGAACAGUACUAUCAAAGGCGAAUGACUCGUGCCUACAAUAAGAAGGUCAAACCUGAUCUAUUCCAAGAAAGGGACAAAGUUUUGAAACGAAUUCUUCCCAUCCAAGAUAAAGCUAAAGGAAAAUAUGUUCCAAAUUGGCAAGGAUCUUUCAUUGUUAAGAAGGUAUUGCUCGGAGGAGCACUUAUUCUCAAAGAGAUGGACAGACAGAUUUUUCCUCAGUCAAUCAAUUCGGACAUAUGCAAGACUUUUUUAUCUGAUUAUGUGAAUUUUUUUGAAAUACGGUUUAAGGUGGACUAA